GCGCCAGGGAGCUAUGUGGUGACAUACGGGAUGUAUGCUGGAUGAUGAGAGCUCGCUGAUGUGGCAUAUUAAGCCGAGGCGGAACUGCAUUCUGCUGUUGGUUGUGCCGAGGCAAAGACCGGUCAUCAAAAUUGCACAUCAGGUUGCCAGUGAGAAAUCUGUGGUUGGGGACAGCAUUAUGAGGUGGCAUGACCCGCAAGGGGCUCAGAAGGCCACCGAUGCUAUCAACAGUUUUUGUUCCCACAGGUUCAAGAAUGUUAGAGAGCUAACGGACACAGUAGAACGUUUACUCGUGGUACCUGGUGUGCGCUUUGACCAGCAGGUUCUCAUAACGGAUUACCUAAGGUGCCUACCUGCAGAGGUAAGGACCAAGCUGGUUGAUGAGGCUUAUGUCGAACAGCACACCUUCGCUACUUUUAGUAAGAAAGCUCUGGACAUAGAGGCAAAGCUGGGAUCUGCGCAUCAGCUAGCUCAUGAUUAUAGAAAGAGACUUCCCCAGGACUGGAAGAAGAAGGGUCAGUUGAUGUUCGUUGACCAUGGUGGUCAAACGACGGAGAUUGACAAUUUCCCAGACCUUGGGGAGGUGACAGAGCACGAUGGGGCUAGUGAGACUUCGGAUGGGGGAGUCGUGGCACCCAUGAAGGAAAAGGCUAAGGGGACCGGGAAGAAGAAGGUAGUACGGUCCACGGUGCCACGUCAGCAACAGUGCCACGUCAGCAGUGCCACGUCAGCAACAGUGCCACGUAAGAAGUGCCACGUCAGCAACAGUGCCACGUCAGCAGUGCCACAGUGCCACGUCAGCAGUGCCACAGUGCCACGUCAGCAGUGCCCCGCCACCAUGACGGGCUCAACUCUGGGCAUGCCAGGCCAACUGGCCAACGAGUCCAUUGCCGAGUACAAACAGCGGCUCCAGACUCAGCUCGCACUGAUCACGGCUGAGGAACAGCGCCAGGUGGCAGCCGAGGUUGUCCACCUACAGGCUGAAGCGGCGGCAACAGCUGAGAAGCGGCGGCUCCAGGCCGAAGCAGACGCAGAUACCCAGGCACGCUGCAAGGAAGCCGAGGAUCUGCUACAGCGGCAUGAAGCCACCAACAUCGAAAAACUCAAGUUUUGGCACUUUGAACAAUCAGAGGAGCACGACGACGCGACACCGGAGGAACAGCACAAGGAAUUCAUGGCCAAACUCGUGACUCGGUUGGUUUACACUUGUAACCACCUGCAGUCCGAGCUGGCGAACCUUCAGUGGGCCGUGCGGAACCACAAGGCUCAACACGAGGAUGCAGCACGGGCACUUGACUCCCGUGUACAGGACUUGGAGCAAACUGCACCAAGACCGGAGGCAGCACAAAGCGGUUAUCGGGUAGCUGAAAAUUCAGGAAGGAAAAUUAUGAACGCCAGCCAGCAGCUGGACACACUGAAGACCGAGAUCAGGCAGCGACAACAGUCGUCUGACCUCGAUCGCAGCACCAACACGGCAAAGCAUUACAAGAUGCCGACGUUCCGGAUCGAGAAGUUUGAUGAUUACACACAUCAAGAUCCGGUCGUCUGGUGGCAAGGAUUCACAAUAGAGUUGGGGAUUCAUGAGGUCCCUGAACAUCUGUUCAUCGACGCACUGUUCCUUAACGCCAAGGGAGGAUGCCAGAUCUGGCUCAGCCAUAUGGCAACCGUCCACGGCGUCCAGGUCUUCGACCUACACAAGGUCUCUUGGGAGGAUCUGACAAAAGAAUGGAAGAAGCGGUUCAUCGUUGACGACGCCCCGACGCUCGCCAUCAACCGCAUCUUCACGAUGGCUCAAGGAAACACAGCGACACGUGAUUGGCUCACGGAUUGGCAGAAGAUCGUGGCGACACCCGAUCUGGACUUGCCAUUUUUGCAUCUGCGUCGGGAGUUCUACAACCGGUCAUGCGCCGCUUUGAGCCUCGCGCUUGGUGAUCGUGAGCAGUACAACACCUUCGCCGAAAUCAUCAACAAGGCGAGGGAGAUCAUCAAGACAAACAGGGCGACUGCACACGAGAAGUCAACGUGGCAGCCAACCUAUGUGGAGAAGGUGAGAACUGGUCCGCGACCGCAGCAUGUCGCUGCAGUCCAAACGGACAACAUUGUGGAAGACCCGACAACCACCCAAGCAUCACGUGAGGGAGAUCAGGUGGUUGCUGUCCAACCGCGAAGCAACAACAAGUCCCGAGGAAACGUGAAGGCGAAAACCGCAUCGCCCGCCGGAAACGGACAGCCAACACCAUGGGUCAAGUUUCACUUGACUGAGGCGGAAUACAAGUGGUGUGACCGCCACGGCUGCUGCUAUUGGUGCAACGACACCAAUCACAAAACCUCCCAAUGCCCGGAUCAAGGCAAGGAGGAUGUUCGGCCUCUACCAACUCCGUUGAUGGACGCCGGAGUAGAGGUUGUCGACCUUCACAAUUACAUUGCGAAGAUCGACCACGAGUUCAGAACACAACGCUGCCACGUGGUGUCCGCCGCAAGCAUGCGAGCUUCCAUCAUCAGAGACGACAUCGAGGAGAUGGGGGUGUGUUUUCUCCACAUGACGCUUCAUCGACGGACUCAUCUUCGGACCCACGCAUCAUCGAACUUCUCGACGCCUACGGCGACGUGUUCGCCGCACGGAGUAAUACCAGAUCGGCCCAUCCGCCACGAGAUCAUCCUCAAGGACGGGGCUGUACCUCUGCGUGGUUGCAUCUACCGAAUGAGCGAGGAAGAGUUAAGUGUGCUGCGGGCACAACUCGACGACCUUCUGGAGAACGGCUGGAUUCGGCGUAACUCAUCGCCAUACGGUGCCCCCGUUCUCUUCGUCCGGAAGAAGAACAAGGAUUUGUGGUUGUGCAUCGAUUAUCGCAAGCUCAACGCGCAAACGAUCAGAAACGCCGACCCUCUUCCACGCAUCGACGACCUUCUCGAAAGGCUGGACGGCGCCAAGUUCUUCUCCAAGCUUGACCUCAAGUCGGGAUAUCACCAACUCGAGAUUCGGCAGGAGGACUGCUACAAGACCGCGUUUAAGACGCGAUAUGGGCAUUUUGAAUGGCUGGUUAUGCCGUUUGGCCUUACGAAUGCCCCGACCACUUCCCAAGCGGCUAUGACAACGGAGUUCCGACACAUGUUAGAUCGAUUCGUACUUAUCUACCUCGACGACAUCCUGGUGUACAACCGGAGUUUGGACGAGCAUGUGGAACACCUACGCACCGUUUUGGAGCGGCUACGACAAGCCAAGUACAAAGCCAACCGCGACAAAUGCGAAUUUGCACAGCAGGAGCCGGAGUACCUGGGAUAUUAUGUGACGCCGCAAGGCAUUCGUCCAGGCAAAGCCUGCGGAUACCCCUCCACGUUCGAGGUCCCUGCGUCGUCGACUGUCGAGUCCACCCAUACGUCUCAUGCCGACGCAGACGCUGAGGAACUCACACGGUUCACGGCAGACUUAGAGCCGGCCGUUCGCGACCUGAUUCGAGAGUACUGCGACAUCUUUCCCCCGUAUUUCUCAUACAACGGGAUUCCCCCGAUGCGCGGUGUUGAGCAUUCUAUCCAGCUCGUGCCUUACUAUCGUGUUCACCAUCAGGCACCGUACCGACUCUCGAUUCCAGAGGCGACGGAACUCAAGCGUCAGCUUGAGGAGCUCCUUCGACUGGGAUUCAUUAAACCCAGUAAUUCCCCUUGGGGUGCACCUGUCCUCUUUGCUCGCAAAGCGGACAGAACUCUCCGCCUCUGCAUCGACUACCGCGGCUUUAACCGUUACACGGUUAAGAACAACUAUCCCAUGCCCCGUGCGGAUGAGCUGUUUGACCGUCUGGCAGGCAACCGCUUCUUCACGAAGAUCGAUCUUCGUAGUGGUUUCCACCAGAUCCGCGUUGCCGCAGAGGAUCAACUGAAGACCGCCUUUCGGUCGCGCUUCGACCAUUACGAGUUCACGGUGAUGCCAUUCAGCCUCACCAAUGCACCCGCCACCUUCCAGACGGCGAUGAAUGACAUCUUCAGGGACAUCCUUGAAGAAUACGUUCUCGUAUACCUGGACGACAUCUUGGUCUACAGUCGUACCUUAGAAGACCAUAUCAGACACCUCCGCGAUGUCCUACAGCGCUUACGCAAGCAUGACUUCUAUGCCAAGCUCAGUAAGUGCCGCUUUGCCCAACGCAAAGUGGACUUCCUAGGACACCAUGUGUCUGACCAGGGUCUCCACAUGGACGACGCGAAGAUCACUGCUAUUGCAGAUUUCACCACUCAGCCCAUCAAGGGUGAAACGAACUGCGUCGCUGAUGCCUUGUCCUGCCGUCCUGACCACAAUCAGGAACCCAUCCAUCUUGCUGCCAUCUCCGUCACCACUGUUGAUCAGUCGGUGAACAACGCAUAUUGCACCCAGUACCGUCACUGCCUGGAUUAUCGCAUCAUCCACGCGACACUGCAGAGUGGCAAGACCGUUCCCUCAUACUCCCUCGGUGAGAACGGUCUCGUGUACUGGCAUGGCAGAUCUGGUCAGCUCGAACCACGUAUCUGCGUUCCCUUCACCGGACAGCUCCGCGUCCAGGCUGUAGCAGAGUUCCAUGACCAGGCAAUUGCCGGUCAUAUGGGCUUCCACAAGACGUUAGCUCGUGUUUGCCGCCUAUACAUCUGGCCGAAGUCCAAGGACUUCGUCAAAACCUACAUCCAGGAGUGUCCUACCUGUCAGGAGGUGACCAGUGCGAACCACCUCCCGUAUGGGUUACUUCAGCCCUUACCCAUACCCGAGGGUCGUUGGCAGUCCAUCUUGAUGGAUUUCAUUGGUCCCCUCCACCCACCCACUGAGCGCGGUCAUGAUGCUAUCUUGGUUGUCAUCGAUCGCUUCACGAAGCGUGCACGUUUUGUCCCGUGCUCCUAUCGCAUUAGCGCUCUUGAGGUCGCCGAUAUCGUCUUCGACCGAGUCGUGAGAGAUCAUGGCUUACCUCAGAGCAUCAUCUCCGACCAUGUCCCACACUUUACCAGCACAUUCUGGCGACGCCUACACGAGGUGUACGGAUCUUAGCUCCGCUUCUCAUCGUCUUUCCACCCUCAGACGGAUGGUCAGACUGAGGUCACCAAUAAAACUCUCGGUAAUAU